AGCUGCUACUAGAAGUGACGUGUAGGCCCAGGCAGUCUGCAGCAGGCCCUGCCAUGGAGCCGGGCAGCGUGGAGAACUUGUCUAUCGUGUACCAGAGCAGCGACUUCCUUGUGGUGAACAAACACUGGGACCUGCGCAUUGACUGCAAGACUUGGCGGGAAACCUUGACACUGCAGAAACAGCUUCGACACCGCUUUCCAGAACUGGCUGACCCUGACACGUGCUAUGGGUUCAGGUUCUGCCACCAGUUGGACUUCUCCACCAGUGGGGCACUGUGUGUGGCUCUGAACAAGGCGGCUGCAGGCAGUGCUUACAGGUGCUUCAAGGAGAGGCGUGUCACCAAGGCUUACUUGGCAUUGGUUCGGGGCCACAUCCAGGAGAGCCAGCUAACAGUCAGCUAUGCCAUUGGCAGGAACAGCACGGAGGGCCGGACACAUACCAUGUGCAUUGAGGGCACUCAGGGUUGCGAGAACCCAAAACCAAGUCUCACAGAACUGCUGGUCCUGGAGCAUGGGCUGUAUGACGGCAAUCCUGUCUCCAAAGUGCUGCUGAAGCCACUGACAGGCCGGACUCACCAGCUGCGGGUGCAUUGCAGUGCCCUCGGUCAUCCUAUUGUAGGUGAUCUGACAUAUGGGCAGGCCACUGGACAGGAGGACCAGCCCUUCCGCAUGAUGCUGCACGCAUUCUACCUGCGCAUCCCUACAUUGACUGAGUGUGUGGAGGCCUGCACGCCGGACCCCUUCCUCUCCACUCUUGAUGCCUGCUGGUGCCCCCACACCCUGGUUCAACCUCUUGACGAACUUGUCCAGGCCCUUCGGGCUGCCCCUGACCCUGGACCCAUGGAUGAAGACUCUGGUCCCUGUAAUCCCUCUGUAUCGCUACCUGGGCCAAGCCAGGGUUCCACUGAGACUGAAGCUCAACAAACAUCCUACCUGCAGUGGCUAUCAGAGUGGACUCUGGAACCAGAAAACUGAGGGCCACUGUGGAAUGCUGGGCUCAUCUGGACAAGGGACUAGCAGGGCAAGCAGAGAGCCAGCCAGGCAUGACUGUUGGAGAUCAGUGCUCUCAGGCUGUGAGAUUAAUGCCUGAUUAGGGGGCCUUCCUCCCAGUGUCUCCUGGACAAAACAGGCUUUUCCUGCUUGAAUAGCUUUGUAAUUCCAAAGUUUCCUCCUAGCAAUAGUGGUGAGCAUAUGGCACAUGUGUUGUAGCCAGGGGGUUGUUAUCAUUAAACACUCUAAAAGGUUACCUACUCAUCACUGCCCUAUGGCCUCAUCUAAUGGACUUACCAGAGGCCAUCUAGCUGGUAGCCUCAAAGUUAGGAUCUGGCCAGCCUUUGCCCCCAGGUGAAUUCUAGUGCCUCACUCACCCAGAGGCCUCACCUGAGCUUUGGCCCUAAGCCCACCGAAUCCUGUGUCCUGAGGCACUCCUCUUUCCUCUGAUCCUUUUAACUUGCAGCCCAACCAGACCCUCUCCAGAACUCCCACUCUGUCUCCUGCCUGGCUUUGCCUGCCUCAGGCCUUUGCUUUAUCUAGACUCUGUCCUGUGCCCUGCCCUCUUUUGCCUGCAUUCAGUGCCUGGCCCUGAGGCGUGGGGCUGGGUAAGGCAUCAGCAGCAGAGGCCUGUCCCUUCAAAACCAACCUGUGUGCUGCUUCUGCUGUAGCACUCCUGGGCUCCUGAGCCCUGGCUGCAGCUCUCACUACAGCAGCACCUGCUUGGCUCCCAAAUGGCCACACGGUGUCAGACUCUGCCUUUAGGAAGCACCCCAGCCUUACCUUCUCUGUUCCCCACAAUAACGCCCUGCUCCUGACUGCAUCUGGGACAUAGGAUUUGUAAUAAAUGUUCAGUGAUGAAU